AUGUCAAACCCCCGCGGCAAUAGAGGGUUUCCGAGAAGGGGUGGCCGCGGGCGAGGCGGUGGCCCGCCGCCGCCCGCCCAAGCUCGCGCUCCCCCGGCACAACACAGGACAUAUGAGCCUGGGAAGCGGCACAUGGAGCUCAUCCCGUCGGUCAGCCGCAGCAGCGGCCUCGACAAGGACGGAGACGCGCUUCGCGAUCCGAAGGUCCAGGAGGAGUACCGGGCAUUUAUCCAAACGAAGGCAAGUGGGCCGGUGCCUGGCGGCGGGUCGGGUGACGCGGACCUGGAGAAGGCGGCGUCGCACAGGAAGGAGACGGAGGGAAACUUGCUGAUCUUGCUCCGGAAAUUGCGCGAAGGGCUCAUGUCUACGCAGCGCCGAGAUGCGUUUGCACUCGAAGUCUACGAGACAUCGCUGCAUCUCUCGGUGCUGUUUAAAUCACCGGCGCAGACGACAUCCACCCUCUCCCAUCUCUUCCCGGCAUUCUAUGUGGUCCCAGCCCAAGCACGCCCUCCCACCUCAACAUUGCACACGCCGGAGCAUGACGCCGGCACACAACAACCCGUGCCGGAGUCACCACCUCCGACGGCGCUCGCAUCGACGUUGAUCUUUUUACUACACCACCUCGUCUCGACAUACCCCUCCCAACUCUCCUUCCACACGCAACUCCGCCAAUUGCACCCUACGCUGCAGCAGCUUCUCCGGGCGCCCCUGGCGACAGCCCCGUACGAGUGGCUCACCGCGCUCGCGCGCUGCUUACGGAGACGGGACUAUGCGCGGCUGGGCAUGCUUACGGAGCAUGCUACCUUCGGCCGGUUCGUGGAUGUGAAUGCCACCGCUGCAAAUGGCGAUCGGCGAAACCUGGCGAAGGAGGCGAUUCAAGUGCUGGUUGAAUCUUUGCUCGAGAAAGCGCGGGAGCCGGCGUGGAACGUUCUGCGCACGGCAUACCGGGAGGUGCAUCUGCGUACAACGCCGACAGGGGCGGCAGUGGGUGAGACGACCGCUGCGUGGCUCGCGCGGUCAUUGGUGUUGCGCUCGACCAGCGCCGGUGGGGAGAACCUGCACGGGGACAACAUUACCCAUGAUGUCGUGACCACAUGGCUUGAGGAGCGCUCCACCAAAGGGGAAGCCAGGAGAAAGGAGGGCGAGGGAAUGGAGAGUAGGUGGAUCCUCGUGAAGGCAUGA